AUGUCUUUCGGCGGCUUCGGCAGCUCCAACCCGCCUGCGAGCAGUGGCUUUGUCUCCGGCGGCUUUGGCUCGACUGCCACCACUAGCAGCGGCUUUGGCACGUCCACCGCCGCGUCUCCAUUCGGUAGCACAAGCGGUACCGCGACGGGCGGGGGGUUUGGGUCUGGAAUGGCUACAUUCGGAAAUACCGCGCCGAAACCCUCAUUUACCGGUUUUGGUGCGCCCCCAACAUCAACUACCGGUUUCAGCGGCUUUGGCGCUUCGGCUACACCAGCCACGGGUUUUGGCGUAGCGCCUACCGCCUCAACCACGUCCUCUGGCUUUGCAUCCACGUCCACGUUCGGCGGAGGCGGCGUUAAUACCGGCUUUGGCUCGUCUGCCCCGUCGGCAUUUGGCGCCAGCACGCCAUUUGUGGCCAAACCGGUCGCGGCGGCGGUGCCCAGUCCGAGUCCUUUUGGCUCUACAGGCGCGUUUGGCAGCGGGGCCACGACCGGCGCGGGGUUCGGGACGCCGACUGCUGCUACGGGCGGUAUGUUUGGCAGCGCGACCACGACGAGCGGCUUUGGUGGAGCCGCAGCGGCUAAGAGUCCGUUUGGUAUGACGGCGACCGCAGCGAAUACGACGACGGGAGGCUUUGGCGCAGCACCGCCGGCUACUAAUGCAACGGGCUUUGGCGGAUUUGGACUGCAGGCAACAGGCGCGACGGGAGCGUCUGUUGGCGCGGGGCCAGUGCAGGUAGGAACUGGUCAACCGCCGUACCAGUCGACGCGCGGGAUGGAGCCGGGGGGAGGCAGCGGCACGGCCAAUUACAUGUCCAUCUCGCACAUGCCUGCGUACGCGCACAAAUCGACGGAGGAGCUGCGGUAUGAAGACUAUCUGAAGCGCACAAACCCUGCCGCAGCACAAGCAGCAGCGACGCAAAACGCGCCUGUUGCUACUGCUGCAAAUGCUACUGCUGGUACCGGCGCGACUGGUGCGUUUGGAGGGUUCCGUGCUCAACCAGCUACGAGUUCGGCAUUUGGUGCUACGGGAGGGUUUGGCACUCCGCAGCCGUCGGCGUUUGGGGCACCGUCGACUGGUGGCGGGUUUGGAUCGUCUGCAUUUGGCACAACGAAUACGACUCCAUCGGCUAGUGGAUUCGGUGGCUUUGGAUCGCAGCCAGUGGCUCCUGCUACGAGCAGUGGCGUGUUUGGAAAUACUGCGGCAGGCUCAAGUCCGAAUGCGUUCGGUGCACCAAGCACAAGCAGUGCAUUUGGUGCUGCACCUGGUGCUAAUUCAGCGUUUGGGGCUCCCGCCACGGGUGGAGGGUUUGGCUCGACGACAGGUGGAUUUGGUAGCAGUUUUGGCGCAACCACAGCAGGCCAAUCUCAAGCUGGUGGCUUUGGAGGCUUUGGUGCCACCGCCCCGGCAUCCUCUUCAGGCUUUGGUGCUUCGGGGUUUGGCAAUCAAGCAGCACCUUCAGCGUUUGGAGGUUUUGGGACCACGCCAGCUCCUUCAGCAUCCCCGGCAACGGGUGGGUUUGGAUUUGGAGCUACGCAACCUCAAGCUGGGUCAACUGCCUCUCCUUUUGGCGCGUUCGGAGCGUCAACGCCUUCGUCUACUGGUUUUGCAUUUGGUGCAGCUGCUACAAAGCCUGCAGCAUCGAGCGGUUUUGGAUUUGGUUCUGGCGGCAGUACCAGUGCUUUUGGUAGUACAGCUGGUAGUGCGUUUGGUGCUACUGCGGCGCCUAGUGCAUUUGGCACCACCCCUGCACAACCUACGGGUUCUCUCUUCGGGUCUACCGGUGCAGCGACUAGCUUGAAUGGUGGCUUUGGUUUUGGUAGCACCUCAUCCGCCGCGCCAGGCUCUACGACAAGCUUCUUCAGCGCUGCAAAGCCUGCAACGACCGGUCUGUUCGGAUCAUCGACGAUGGGUUCCACCCCAGGAGGACUUUUUGGUGGCGCUACGAGCACCGGUGGAUCGUCGCUCUUUGGCACACCUAAUGCUGCCACGAAUACCGGAACGACGGGGUUUGGUUUUGGUGGUGGUGGUGGUGGAUUUGGCGGGACGACUACUGGCAGCUUCGGUGGAUUUGGAUCUGCCACUACUCCGGUAGCGCACACAGGAGGAUUUGGUACGACUGGCAGUCUGUUUGGCCAGCCGCAGCAGCAAGCAGCCGUUGCGCAGCCACAAGAGUUGGUUGCGGCUCCCGAUGUUAAUCCGUACGGUGCUGGAUCGUUUGGUGCUGGUCUGGUCGAGCAGAAUGUGAAGGCUGCGCUGGAUCUUCAGGCAAUCAAGACUGGUUUCAGUUCGUCUUCUCGAUCUUUGACCUUUGCCAAUGAAGUUGGGCUUCCGUUGGAUCAGCCUCUGGUGACACGACGUCAAACGCUGAGUGCUCCACGCCGUGCGGUCCCAGUGUCGUUUAUUCGUGGCUCAUUUAAGGGCUCAAAGAGUCGAUUCUCCACGUUUACGACUCCUCCUUUUUCCAAUAGUCUACGGUCCGGAUUGGGUGAUGGUGGUGGUAAGGAGAACGAGUUCAAAUUCACGUCAUCUCUGUUCCGUAACUCGAUGACGAAGAAGCUCGUGAUCGACAAGGAGGAGCAAAGUGCCGUUAGGAGUCCGCCGAGAAGUUCGCGUGUGUCUGUUGUGCCAAUCGCUGAUGGUGAUCGUGUUGACCUCUAUGAAAGCGGUGAUUCCCGCAAAAGGUUGUUGCAUGCUGACACGGACGGCAAGUACAGCAUUACCUUUUGCAAUCAGACGAACAAGAAAACGUUUUUGCUGCGUCUGCACUCGAGUCAGACUGUUAAACAAGUGAGAAACGAAGUCAAACUCUUGCUCCGUGACAGCAGUGCGUCGGUAUCAUCUCCGAUCGUUGACACCAAGUUGGUGUUGAAGGGCAAGAUUUUACACGACAAUGAUCUUCUCGAAGAUUUGCUGCUAGAGGAGGGGGACUCUAUUGAUGUAGUUGUGGUGGAAAACCAUACAGACGGCGAUAAGCGUGGAAACCCGAGUAUGUCAAUUUCUUUGCCGGAUAAGAUGCCCGAAGCACAACGUAGUGACAAGGCGGUGCCACCGAAGCGCUUCAUGACCUACGAUGAGUACUUGGUCUCUGCCUGUUGUGACGACGAUGACUUUCUCAAAGAUACUGAAGCAGGUGGUACCAGUCAGAUUUCUUCUGUCUCAACGUCGUGCCCUACGCUGAAAAACAAAGACUACUAUACCAUUCCGUCGUUCGACCGCCUACAGACGAUGAGCGACCACGAACUGUCCCAAGUGGAGUCGUUCACUGUUGGUUGUCGCGGCUUGGGUGCUGUCGAAUGGAUCGGUCUGACCGAUGUGCGAUGCCUUGACCUUGACGAUCUGGUGCUCUUCGAGAGGAAGGAAGUGGUUGUGUACAAGGAUGGUGAAGAGAAGCAUGAACUCGGUAAGGGUCUGAAUAAACCUGCUGUCGUCGAACUCCUGGGUAUAUUUCCUCCUCGCAAAUCGACCUCUCCCGAAAAGUACAAGGAGCGCGUGAAGCAGCGUACGGAAGAUAUUGGUGCUACCUUCCUCGACUACUCCACCGAAAAGGGAAUAUGGCGGUUUCGGGUUGAACACUUUAGCCGAUACGCUUUUGGCGAUGACGAUGACGAGGAUGAUGAUGAUGUUGACAUGGAUGGUCCGAUUAGAGGAACCGGUGCGCACGAUGGAUCGGUAGGUGAUCACGGCAAGGAACUGCACGCCACGGAAUUGUCUCGAAAGCUGGGUACGGCUCGCGGCCAAAUGGUGGGUCGAAUGCCUUUCACAGCCGAUCGCAGCCGACUGUUUCGCCAGUCACGCAUCUAUGACGGUGACAUACAAAGCAAAAAUGUCGUCGCAUCAUUUGGAGACCAUCUGACGUCUGUUGCUGUGAGCGAUAUGCGAGACGGCAUGAUGGACGAUUUGGACAGUGUUGCAGGCGUGACGGAAGAUGAGACGAACUUUGACGAUGCCGAAAAGUUGGUGGCACCGCAAAAGGACCAGCGGCCGACCAGCAAAGUGUUUCCAGUCAUUCCUUACUUUUUGAAACCACUAGGUGUCGGCAACUGUAAUCAUUUGCGUGCUGAUGAAAGAUCAACGACGUACCAGAUGAUGUUGCAAGCGUCUAAUCAGAAGAAUACUGAAGUUGUGCACAACUACGUUGAUGGAGGCAUGUUCAUGGCGCGAACGUUUCGAUGCUCGUGGGGUCCGAACGGCGAGUUAGUUAAUCCGGGAAAGCUCAUUUCGAAGAACCAUUCUGGCGAAGAAAGUUACGGUCGCCGUGUUUGUAUCGAGUUUCCGCUUCGCCUUGCUGAAAGUCGAAGGGCAGACCUUCAUGACGGGUUGAAGUUGCACUAUGAGUAUACCUCACACGGUCGGGACCCCACCGAUUUUGUAGACAGAGGAGAUUCCAAUGUACCUACUGAAUAUGCAUUUCCUGCUCAUGAGCGGCUGAUGAAUUGCUUGCACAAGUACGUCGUCUUCGCAGAAAGUCGAGUUCGUGAUAACAGUGACAGUUCAUUUACGAAGCUCAGGGUGCUCGUUUGGAAAUUGGUUCAAGCUCUGUGGGGCCAAGAGCAUGGUGCUAAUAUAGACGAUCGUCAUGAUUCCGUCUUUUACCCUCUUGCAUCGCGAGAUGACCCUAAUGAAGUGGAAACGCUGGACAGUUUUCAGUCGCUGGAUCUGCGUAGGGAAGCCAUAUCUCAGUGGUUCGAGGCCGCGUUGAGCGAUGCAGGGAACAGACCUACGUCUGACGACGGCCCUAGCCCGAAAGGCGUCCUGAGCUUGUUGUGUCAGCACCGGAUUGUGGAGGCAGCAGACAUGGCUAUGGAUUGCGGUGACUGGCGCUUGGCAACGUUGAUUGCGCAAGCGGCGUCCUAUGACGGUACUGACUUUCGUCGUAUGAUGGUGAAACAAAUGGAAGAGUGGAAUGAGAAUGGGUCGCUGCAUUGUAUGGACAAGUCUUUGGUCUUCGUCUACAGCGUAUUGUCAGGAAGUGUCGAGGUGCUGUCUGCUCGUCAAGGUGCCAGCAUGUCAUGGGUCACAUGUCUUGCGUUAUUUUUGUGGUACAAGCGUGGCCCCGCGUCGUCUCUGAAGUCAGCUGUGGCGCUGUACGAAGAGUCUGUCAGUAAGCAACUGGCUUCUCCUCCAAUGUCACGAUUUGCGGUUGCAGGUACUAAAAAAGAGGACGUGCUGAUGGAGCUCAUGAAACUCUACAUUGAAGACGUGGCUUCACUCUGCAAAGUAUUGUCACCUAGUGGAUAUAUGACACAAGGUUUGUUUCACUUGGACUACGAGUUGUCGUGGCAUCUGCACAGUGUCCUGCGUGCGAUUGGCUACAAGCUUGAACGCCAAUGGGCAUCGCACAUUCAUCAGAAUUUUAUUCGCCAACUGGAAGGGUGUGGUCUUUGGGAAGACGCAUUGUAUGUCGCGCUUAAUAUCUCCGACGCUGCCGAGCGCGAGUAUACAUGUCGCGAGCUGCUUUUUCGAAACGCGGAUUCUUUGUCCUCAAACGCGUCUGUACGAAAAAGUCUUUGCGAGCGUUUGAAUAUCCCCGCUGAAUGGAUUAGUGAGGCACUCGCAGUAAGGGCUGUUGCAAGGUUGAAGCGCAGCAAAGAAAUUGCGCACUGGAUGGCUGCUCGGCGCUACGAAAGAGCUCAUGCGUGCUUGAUUACGCACGUAGCAAUGCGUUGCUUGUUUGAUAAUGAGAAAGACAAAUUGAUGCAGGAGCUGCUGAAGCUGGAGCCCGUGUCGGUGCACAUCCCGCUGUGGAAGAGCUGUGAGAAGGUGGAUGCUAUCGGAGGUGGACUGCUGCUGGAGUUCCUUCGCCUUGAGCAGCAAAAAGGACUGGAAGUUGGCCACGAAGAUCAGUUCCUCCAACGCGUUGUGCUACUUUCUCAGCAACUUUCUAGUGCCCGAGAUGCCUCGGCGAAAGACGGCGACAAGAUACUUGGAGAGAAGGAUGCGCUGCUUGCUCUAACUUGCGUGUCCUCAAUGAUUGUGUCCUUGGCCACGCAGGCAGUGGAGCUGCGGUCUACUCUAUCGUACGCAAGGGAACGCGAGCUGAUGGACGAUGCUUCUUCAAUGCUGCCAUUGCAGUUGGAGCCGACCUUUCUGGGUGGGCUUUCGCAUUUACUAACUGGUCGCGAGACGAGCUACGUGGAGUCGUACCGGACGAGUCAGCUGGUGCCUCUGUGCUCUGCUUUUCUCGAUUGGCGAGCUUGA